UCACUAAUACAUGUGUUUAUGUGAUCUACCGACAGCAUUGAAGAGUUGAAACAAGAAAAAAAAGAGAACAGUUUAAAAUGAAUUGUCCAUACUCCACAGCUGUCGGGCACUGCCCUGAGCUCCCCUUUCAUCGGCAUAGAGACCCUUCCUCCCAUCUGUCCUGGUCAGAGAGUUCCUGCCUGGCCUCCAUUAUGUCACAGAACCAAUCAGGACAGAGCUCUGACAUCCUCAGUCAGGAUGUGUUCAACCAGCUCCUGGAGAUGCUAGACCAGUCAGCGUUCCACUCAUUGCAGCCCAUAGAGUUGAACUUCUCAGACAGUCCAGCAGACGAAGAUGGACCAUCAGGGAACACCAUUCAGAUCAGCAUGGACUGCAUCACCGUGCAUGAGGGACAGGAACCACUGUCUGUAAGUACAUACUGA